AAUUUAUGUCAAUAUCAAGUCAGCUUUGUCCGACGGCUAUAAAUUUUAUGAAUCUGAAAAUCAAGUUAUUUUAUGUCCGGGCAAUGCUGAUGGUAUUUUACCAAUACAUUAUUUCUUGAAGGUUGUUGAUUAUCAAACAAAUAAUUUAUUAACAUAUUGAAGUUCCAUAAAAAAUAAGCCUGUAAAUAAAUAGUGAUGGCAAAUAAGUAUUGUACACCUUGUGAUUUGCAUUUGGAUGAACUAUCCUUCAAAAGCCAUAUUUUAGGCAAAAGGCAUGCAAGUAAAGUGAGGCAAAAUAUGCUUUCAGCAAAGAAUGCUUCUUCAGAAGUAGUUGUCACAAAUUUGCCACAGCCAUGCCCAAGGGAACUUAUAAUUCCUUUUUUCCAGCAAUUUGGAUACAUGAUUAAUUCUAAUUUUAUUAACAAGUCUAAAUUGAUAUUAAAAUACAAAGAUGAAGAGACUGUAUUAUAUUUAAUACGAAAUAAAAUUUAUUUUGGCGAUAAACUUCUGAAUAUUGCACAAGUGCAACCAACCAAAGCCAAUGAUACGAGACGACAGCGAAAUGAUAAUAAAUCUGAGCUUGAUAAUAAAUAUUUGAAGGUUGUUACAUCUAGUAAACCUUUUGAUAAACAGGUAGCAGAUCUAAUUCAAUAUGCACAGGGUUCCAUGAGUGUGCAGCAAAAAAGGUGUUAUUCAGUUUUAAAUGAUUUAUCAUCAGCCCUAAAUGAAUGGUUUCCAUGUGAAUUACGCAAUUUUGGAUCUUCUGUGACAGGCUUGGGAUUCAAAAAUUCUGAUAUUGAUGUUUAUGUUAAGUUGCUGCCACCAAGGCCUUAUAGUCAUAAUGAGACAAUGGAUUAUUUGAAGCGUACCAAAAGAAUUCUUAUGAGACAUCCGAGUUUUAAGAAGGUUUUUGGAGUUUUUGGUGCUAAAACACCAAUUAUUAAAUGUGAACACACUCCAACAGGCUUGAAUUGUGAUAUUAACUUAAAAAAUUCUUUAGGCAUCUAUAAUAGUGAGCUUUUGAGUUAUUUACAAACUCUUGAUAUACGUAUUAAGCCGCUUUUACUAGUCAUCAAAUGUUGGGCUCAAAACUUGAAUUUAACAGGUAGCAAUAAAAUAACAAGUUAUGCUCUUGCAAUGAUGAUUAUUUUUUAUCUCCAACAAAAAAAGAUUUUGCCACCAAUAAGAUUUUUGCAGUCUUGUGCAUUUGAUCAUGAUGAAUGGAAUUGCACAUUUGACAAAGAAAAAGGACAUACUUUCGAAAUUGAAAAUAACCAGAAUUUGUUUGAAUUAUUACGUGAUUUUUAUAGAUUUUAUGAAGCAUUUAAUUUUAAAGAAAUAAUAAGUCCACUGACUGGCAUUACCCAUCAAAGGCAUGACUUCACUAAAUCUGGAAACAUACCUUUUGAAUAUGAGAGAUAUAAAUUGAAAUUAGAACAAAGUGGGGGAAGUGCCUUGAAGCUAGAAAGCAGCAUUAUAGUUAUUGAUCCUUUUGAACUUUCCCAUAAUAUAACUCCUUGCGCUAAUGCUAAUAUUUUACAACUUUUCAAAGAAGCUUGCAUCUUAUCUGCUAAAUGUUUUAAUAUAGGUGCUGAUUGUAAGGAGUGUGAGGUUUUAUCAAAAUUAUUCACAAUUAAAAUAAGUUUAAAGAAAAAUAAAAUAAUACGUGAAUAUGAAUGCAACAUAUUAGCUUCUGAUGACCUAUCUUUUCAAGAGGAAGCUUCUGUCAAGGAUACAACAGGCUUGCAUGAUUUACGCAAAAAUUGGUUGCAUAGAGCGAAAGAUUUAGUUUUGAAAAUCAUGCAAGAAAUUUUAUUAUUGGAUGUUCAGGAUAUUACAGUUAGUCCAGACAGAAAGUCUAUAAAAACCGAAACUAAAGAUGAGGUACAUUCUUCAAAUAUAACCGAAACAAUCAAAUAUCAUUGUACAACCAAAAUGUCUGUUUUGAGAGGACGUUACAAAUGUAAAGUUGUGAAAGCAAAUUUGACAAAAUUUGAGCAUGAAAAGGCUAUAACAAGAGGUAUUUUAGACGAUUCGGGUUCAAAGUCUCCAAAAAAUAUGGCAGAUUUUUAUAUGACUAUAACUAGUGUUUUACAGCCAACAAAAAUUACAAUAAAAUUGACGAAUAAUAUUGCUAUUCAUUCCGAAUUUAUGUUAAUAACAGAUUAUUGUAAAAAAAAUUUGAAGAAAUUGUGUGUUGUAGCAAUUGAAGACAAUGACAUAAACAAAUCGGAGCCUACUGAAAUAAAAUUAAUGGAAGGUGAACGAAGGCAUCUUGAAAAUCAAAAUCAGCCUUCCACUAGCAGCCAGAACGGUAAUUAUGCCAAGAAACUUAACAAAAAAAUUGAAAUUAGGCAUGAUGUGGUACCACCAGGAUUUGUUCCUUUUUAAUUGUUACGUCUGCUAUAUGUAUC